UUAGCAUAUUCUAAAACGUUGAAAAAAAGUCAAAGCUUCAGUUUAGAAAUUUUCUGUCAUUGGAAAAACAUCUGACUGGAAUAACAUUGGAAUUAAUUUACUUUAUUAAGAGGGUGCUGGUUAUUGGAAACUGGAUAUGUGGACACCAUUCUCUCCAAUUGGAAUUUGCAACAUAAAAUCUAUCGCACGUUCACAAAUUGGAUCGGAUCGAACUAUUACAUCGUCUGGAAUUGCAUGAGAUGAACAUUUCGAUACAGUCACGUGAUCAACUGUUUCUUUGGUUUAUGCCUAAAACAGCGAAAACAACAUAAACCAAUAAAAGGAUGAGUUUAUGUAGCUAAAAUGGUCUAAAGCUUAAAGCAUUCACAUUGGAGCGAGUGCUCAGUGAGAUACGAGCUCCAUUAAUUCCUUGCUUUAAUGGAUACCCUGCUAUGAUGUGGUUAAUUAUUAAUUACAAUCAACAACUACUGGGGGUUAGCGCAGGUUUUAAUGCCAACGAAGAGGGAGAAGUACGUUGGAAUUCGGAGAGAGAAGAUUGGACAGUUUUUUCUCUAAAUUAGGAAUUAUGUCCUGAACUUUCGGAUUCCGUUUAAUUAGUAGAGUAGUUUAAAUGUGAUUGUGUUUCUUGUUCAGAUAUUUUUCAUAUAUAUAUAUUUGUGAACAGUGUCAUUUGUUGGAAAACAUAACGCUGAAACAUUUUCUGUUUUGGAGUUAAAAUGGAGUACUUAUUUUUGUAAUGCCAAAAUUUGUCGGCGAUUGUUUGCCUUGACAAAGGAAACUUAUGAACUAGGAGAGAAAUGCUCGAGCAUGACGGUGCGAACAAACCAGUUUACCUCGCCACCCAGGAAGCCGACUCGCUCUCGGAUGAUCUGCCAGGCGAGGAGACACCUGUCAUUUCACCCGCCGAUACCCUUCCCGCCAAAAAUGAUUCUCAGUACUCGGAGGAUGAAGACCGAAUAGUCCUGAAUGUGGGCGGUGUCCGGCAUGAGACACACUUGACAACACUGAGAAAAAUAGAACACACGCGCUUGUCACGCCUAGCAGAGCAACACGAGUUUUCGGACAGCCAGAAAGAAGUGUAUUUCUUCGACAGACAUCCUGCGGUCUUCAAUUCUAUCAUAGACUUCUACAGAAGUGGAGAAUUGCACGUGCCACUGGAGGUUUGUGGCGCUGUGGUUAAACGAGAGCUGGACUAUUGGCAGAUUACUGAGAAUCAUAUAAAGUCAUGUUGCUGGAGGAAUUACCGUUCUUACAUCGAAAACAAACGUAUAUUGGACUCUUUUAACCGCAGUAUUCUCAAACAACAGAUGUGUAUUGACACUGACGGACUUAAGGGCUGGGAGAAAUACAGAACAAAAAUGUGGUUGAUUCUCGAAUAUCCUCGGACUUCCAGAGCUGCUAUGACAUUCGGUGUCGUGUCGUUGAUGUUUGUAGUCUUGUCUAUUCUUGGAUUUUGUCUAGAAACUUUACCCGAUCUUCGUCCAACCAACGUCUCACUCGACGCCAACUCGACAAAACUCUGUGACGGCAAAAACGUUUCAGCAAGCUUCAUGCUGCAGCCAAAUGCUGGCUUAAACAUUUUAGAUAUUAUAUGCACGGCCUUUUUCACCGCUGAACUUAUAAUUAGAUUCAUUUUUUCUCCAAAUAAACUGCGUUUUGUCCGUUCAGCAAUGAAUAUUAUCGAUCUGUUGGCGCUCGUGCCACUUUAUAUGCAACUUAUUCUAAACUCUGACGCGUUCAAAUUUUGCUACGUAAACGAACGUUUAAUAUUUGAAAUUAUGUUUAUUCUCCGUAUCAUUAGAAUGUUCCGAAUCUUCCAUCUGGUUAAACAUUAUCAGGCUUUGCAAAUUUUAAUCUACGCGCUCAAGGCAAGCAUACAGGAACUGCUCAUGCUCCUCAUUUUUUUACUCAUAGGAAUGCUUGUGUUCGCUACAAUGAUUUACUAUGCAGAAAGAGAAGACGCUGUUAAUCCGGGAAGCCAGUUUCCCACUAUUCCAGUUGGGUUUUGGUGGGCCAUUAUUACAAUGACGACAGUCGGUUAUGGAGAUGUAACACCGACAAAGCCGGUAGGUUACGUUGUAGGAACGUGCUGUGCUGUAAGCGGUGUUCUUAUGGUCGCACUUACCAUUCCAGUUAUCUCAAACAAUUUUACAUUGUUUUACACCCAUGUACGAUCACGUGGUGGAAGUAACUCCUCCACCGAAGAUUUACAUGACAUCAACAGUGAAAUAUUGCUUCAUUCUGAAGAUGGAGCCAAAAUAUAUGAAAACGCCAGGCGAACUUCCAACGGUUCCAUUAUAAUGAAUGAGAAAAGUUUUACCUUAGCACGUAAAGGAUCUGAUAUUUCAGCGCUAACUGCCGAUCCGUAUACAAACGGAAAAUGUGGACAUAACGGUGACGUCCGUUAUGGUAGAAUGUUGGGUGACGCCGUACCUAGACACACAACGUCGACGUCCAUGAGUGACGUUGGCCUAAAGCACGAAGAGGCGGAUUACUACAUAACUCACGCAGGCGCAGUAAAGGCCCAUUCGGAUGAUGGUGUGAUGUACUCAGAUACGCAGUGCUAGUACGUGUUAAGUGGGCAGUCCAAACAUUGACAUGUUUCCAUAGAUAUUCACUCUACAGUGGGCAGUCCAAACAUUGACAUGUUUCAAGAGAUAUUCAGUCCACAGUGAUGAUUGAAACGAUCAGUCAAGGAGUAGAAUAUGGCAACUAAUCAGAACAUACAAAAAGUGCAAGCAAACUAGCCUUUUUUCCGAAAAAUUCACGAGGAAAAAAAUAUGUGUUUCACAAAACAUUUUAAACGUCAGUAAUGCGUUACGUAUGAUACACUAUUGGUGCCAUUUGAGUACAAGCAAAAACAAAUGUUGAGUCAAUGAUGUGUUGCAUACGAGGCAUUACUGGUACCAUUUGAGUACAAGUAAUAACAUAUCUAGAGUCAAUAAUGUUAGCCUAAUCUUGUACUCAUGCAAUUCAGGUGUUUAUAACCUUUGUAAACAAUUUACAAAUCAGAAACUGCAACUUCAUCAUAUGACUUAUCCAAAGCAAUGUAUUUUUUUAGUAUGAUAGUUGUUCUUACUUGAGUAUAUCUCAGUGUUUCUCUUUUCUAUCUUAGACUUGAAAAGAACUGCACAAUUUUUAUGCGCUCUAUUCUGAUUGUUACAGGUUAUAGUAAUAUUCACAAUGCGUACAUAGCCUAAAACGGUAUACCUUUGUACGUUACAGCUUAUCCUUAAAAUACGCCAUUCGUACUUAGACUAAAACGGUAUACCUUUUAUGUUACAGCUUGCUGUAAAAAUAUGCAAUCCGAUUAAGCCUCAAAUGGUAUACCACUAUAUGUUGCAGUUUGUAGAGAAAAUACGCAAUUCUCUCUUAACCUAAAAUGGUAUACCCUUGCAUGUUACAGCUUGUUGUAAAAUUAUGCAAUUUUUAAUUUGCCUCAAAUGGUAUACCACUGUAUGUUGCAGCUUAUAGAGAAAAUACACAAUUCGUUCUUCGCCUCGAUGGUAUAAGCUUGUAGGAAAAAUACGCGGUUUAUUUUAUCCUCAAGUUGUAUAUUCUGUAUAUUGCAGCUUGUAGAGAAAAUACGCACUUCUCCCUUAGCCAUAAAUAGCAUACCUUUGUAUGUUACAGCUUGUAAAAUUAUGCAAUUUUUCCUUUACCUCAACUGGUAUACCACUAUAUGGUAUUCUUUGGAAUACGUAUACUUUUGUAUGUUGCAGCUUGUAAGUACAAACAUACUUCGCCUCAAAUGGUACCGUUCCGUGUUUGACUGAAUUUUAAGAUGUUUGCAUACGUUUCUAAAUGCUGUGCUAGUUUCAGACUUGGCAGAAGAAACAUUUUCGUCUGCUGCUUUCAUGCCGCAAAAGAGCAGUGAAAUGGUAAUUGAUGAAAGGAAAGUAGUUAAAAAGUCUGUAAGGAUAUUUGACCUAACAAGUUCUUGCCACAAUUAUGUUGUUAGUUAUGCAACAUAUACCUGACCUAUUUUGAUAAAUAUCAUUCUGUUUGCUUACUGAAUCCUAUCUUCAGCCCUAAGACGUCGCCGUAUCAAGGCAUAUAAAUAUUGCUCAUAGAGACGUAAAUAUUUGAUCGAAUAUGUGUGGUCACAUUAAGUUUUUGCAGAAGUCUUCGUUACAAAGGAAAUUGCUAUUAACAUUUAAAUGUUAUGGCAAUUACACUAUCUUAUCCUUAUGUUUGACUCUACAUAUAGGAUGAUAAAUCAUAUUCAAUAUCUUAAGAAGAAACUUAUUUUGAACAAUUUAUCUCAUUCAUUCCAUUCGCAUAUGUAUGUGCAAUGCAUCGAUAAAUAACAGGUUCGAACGGGAACGGGAAGUAUGCACUACUGCAUACAAAUUUUUGUUAAGAUAUCUGUAAAUAUUUCAAUAAUUUUCUACUAUUACUACUCUUUUGUACGACAUUUAGUGCCUCUAUUGCCCCUACAUUCUAAUAUACAUUUGUAUUUCACUAUUUGUUCCUAUUCAAAGAAUUUCUUUUUUGAAAUUUCAACAGUCAACCUUUCUAAUAGAUUGCCUUUACAGUCAAAUGAGAAAUUGCAAUAUUCUGAUUACUACAAAGGGUGACCACUGAAAUGUUUUUGCAUUCUGCACAACAUCAGCACUUCCUUAUCACAUUAACUCCCUUGAAACUUCACACCGACCAUCAGAUUUUUAGACCGCUCCUCCAGUUAUUUUCAUUCAUCGGUGAUCCGAUAUAUUCCCUACCACGAUAGAUCUCCGAUAUAACCUUUCUGCUGAAAAUUUCACUAAAAAGAGAUCCAAUUAUUCCGAGCUGCGGUGGCCUAAUAGAUAAGGCACCUGCCCCGGUUCAAGCCCUGUCAGAGGCGGGACUUGUUAUUGAAGAGAGACCGGUUGGUGAGCUGCCAGCUAGUUAAAUAAUGGUUAUCGAUUGCCUACCUGCCUGGUGCCUGGCAAUAAAAAAUAGGAAUCGGGAAGUAAUGCUGUUCAAUGUAGGUAUGUGUCUCAUAAGCCAACUUGGCUGGCCCUUUCAGUAGGAGUGACAAUGUAAUAAAUCAAACACUUUACACAUUACUUUUUAUUCCUGUUUGUUUGCUUUGCAUUAAGUAUUGUUUGAGAACCAUACGCCAUUCAAACCCACACCAACUAUAAUUACAUACCUCCAGAUACGCAUUACUGUAAUUGUCAAACCAUAUAGACCGUCAAAUCAACUCAAUACAAUAUUGAAGUUAAUACUUUUGGAGACAGCUGUACGCUAGAAUUGUACUCCUGCUAUUUUACAUCUCCGUUGCCGAGUGGUCCUUGACUGCGAAUCACUUUCUCCUAUUGUCACUAAGAGCAAGCUUCACAAAACUACGUCGUCAACUUUUGAUACUAGUUCCAGUCAGUUUUAAAGCUAAAUUGUUUUUGUUUGUGUGAUUUACAUGUUUGUAAAUGAUCAUUUUUGUAAUAAUCACUUGUUACGGUUGAUAUAUUGUAUAGCACGUUUCAACGUUUUACGUCCUGCAAUGCUUUGACGUGUUUUGUACAGCGGAUAAAA